GCGUUGGAGGUGGAGGGGGAGGUGUGUGAAUGAGUGCAUCAGCCCAACAUGACUGUGUUUAUGGAGUCUCAUUCAUUCAUCCGUCUGAGAGACUGUUCACACUGCGAGAUAAAAAUGAGUUUGAUGGAUGUAUUGUUUCUAAAAACCACGAUUAAACCAAACAGCCAGAGAGGUUCUAAUCAGACCAGAAUGUGGCAUAUCACAGUGUCUGGGAUAUAUCAUUAGGCCAAGGCAAUUUAGUAUAUACAGACGAGCUAAAUCAUUGGAAAUAAUAGGCCUAUAGGAAAAAUAAAGUAUCGAUUUGCUUGAAACGCACGAGUAAUUUGUUCUGAGUUAGUUGUUAAGGACUAAAAUGAUCAACAGUUGAAAAAACUUAAAGGGGAAGGGGUUAAUAUUACUGGACAGACCCAUGCCUCUCCCAUCUGGGAAGCCGUCAUACCGGCUUCAUAGCUUCACACACCAUCCAAGAGUCCGAAUGUACAGGCUACGUCUUAGUGACGCCGCCGACCGUACUAUGCGGGUUCCGGAUUGGUUGGUAAUGGAGAGAGAUACCUCCCACUGUACUGUUUGGAUCCCUGAUUUGUUAGCAGCGGAUGGACGUACCUCCCACUGUACCUUCGGACCCUUGGAUGGGAAAAAUUACCCCUCGGAUGUUGUGGUCGAACGAGUUCUUCCAUACCCACCCGACAAGUUGUCCAGAGGCGGACUCCAAAACAAAAACCAACAGUGCUGUGAAAAAGAAAACCCAUUUGCAAUGAUCGCUUUCGAGUUUCCACUGUGUCUUUAGCUACCUGAAGAUCGACUGCUUCGCUAUUGUUUUUUCCUAUGUAAGGAGCGGAAUCAUGGACUAUGAAGGAGAUUUUCUGAACGACCCAAACGACAAUGUCUCUGGUUGCAUUAAGCCUACAAGAGAGCUGAUAACAAGGUCGACAUUUAAAGUAUACAAGAGACGAUGGUUCGUUCUGUUGGUGUUGUGUCUUCUCAACAGUUCCAACGCUGCACUAUGGCUGACCUUCGCCCCGGUUGCCGACCAGUCCGCCCAGUACCUGCAUGCCACUCUGGACCAGGUCAACUGGCUGUCCCUGGUCUACAUGGUGGUGGCCAUCCCCCUCAGCUUCGGGACCACCUGGAUGAUAGACAGCCUGGGCCUGCGCAUCACGCUGAUCCUUGGCUCAUGGCUCAACAUGCUGGGGGCGCUGUUGAGGUUGUUCGGCACCUUUGAGAGCCUGGGUCUGAGCGACCCGUACCCCCUGGUGAUGUCGGGACAGACGCUCUGCGCCGUCGCCCAGCCCCUGGUCAUCUUCGCGCCCACCAAGAUGGCCGCCCUUUGGUUCUCGGAGAACCAACGCGCCACUGCCAACAUGAUCGCCUCCAUGUCCAAUCCUGUCGGGCUGCUGUUUGCUAACAUUCUCUCACCUUUGAUUGUCACUACCAACGACAGAAUCCCUCUUCUGAUGCUGGUGUAUGCUAUCCCAGCAUGCCUGGUCUGUUUCCUGGCAACUGUGGGUUUAAGGAGUAGUGGACCCCCGACGCCGCCCUCUGCCAGCGCAGAGUCUUCCACCUCUGAGCCUUUCAUCCAGGGCCUCAAACUGCUAUUGAGAAACCGGCCCUACCUAGUACUGUUGGUGUGCUUCGGCUGUGGUAUCGCCGUCUUUACCUGCUUCUCCUCCCUGCUGGAACAGAUCCUGUGCGUGCGUGGCUACAGCAACUUCUUCGCAGGGCUGUGCGGUUCUCUCUUCAUCGUGUUCGGUGUGGUCGGCGCGGGGGUCCUGGGCCUUUUUGUGGACAAGACCAAGAUGUUCACGGAGGUCACCAAGGUCAACAUGGCCCUCAGCGCGCUGGCCUGCAUCGCCUUCGCUGUGGUCUCUCAGAUGCGUCAGCAGGAAGUGGCCGUGGCGGCUGCCUGCUCCCUCUUCGGUCUGUUUGGUUUCGCCAUCUACCCCGUUGCCAUGGAGCUGUGUGUGGAGUGCACCUAUCCGGUCGGCGAGGCCACGUCCACGGGCCUCAUCUUCGUAUCAGGACAGGUGCAGUCAGUCGUCCUGAUGGUGGCACUGCAGGCGUUGACCAGGCCUCUGGCGGACUCCCCCUUCUCCACCUGCUCUAUUGGGGGAGACCCCGCACUCAGCUGGAGGGUGUCUGUUCUGGUGAUGGCAGGUGUGUUUGCAGCGCUGAGCUGCCUCUUCAUCAUCAUCUUCAACUCCCCGUACCGCAGGAUCCUGGCUGAGGCCAAGGCAGCCCAGAGUGGCCUGCCCAGCUUUAAGGCGGACUGCAUCGACACCGUGAGCCAGGCCGUGUGUCAGGGAACACUAGAACCCAGCAUUGGGACCAAAGAAAAUGAAGAACUAGAUCCAGGGAAAGACUGCUAGAACCAGCCAACGUUGUCACCAAGAGCCAUAGUGAAACUUUAAGAAUCAGAGAACUACGGCCGUGGACUGUCUGAGCCAUGAGCAGCACAGGGACAAAGGUUCUAGGACUGGAGAAAAUACACGGAACAUAGACCAAGAACACAGACCAAGAAGGUUUAUUUCUCUCAUGCCACUUUGAAACGCCAAAGCCAAAUGAAUACACUGUAUCUGAUUUUACUUGAAGUUGUUCAACUGAUAGUACAUGGUUCUUUUAAAUGGGCCUUCGGGGACUGACUUCCUGCAAAGGGUAUGAGUAUUGGUUUAAAUCUUUUCAGUUUUAGGGUUCCGAACCAACCAAAUUGCAUCAAGGAGGAUAAUUCGCUAAAAUGAGGUCAUGUGGCCAGAAGCUUGUUUUUAUCAGCCAGGUGCAGUUCCUGUGGUGCGUUGUCUGGACUUCUCCUUCUUCACCUGAGGCACAUUUUGCACAAUUCAUCCUUACCUCGGAUUACGACUUUAUCCCUGCACCCGUCUUCAACUACUGUCAGAACAUGAGAUGAUGUACAACAGAAAUCCAAGAAGUCUUAAAUGGUACAUAAUCUGAACUGUCUCUGAAUAAUGAAAGUAUAGUGAAAGAACGUGUAACUGUUUUCCCAUGUACAGAACAGUUUGGUACAUCUGGGAUGAGGCAAUGUGACAUGAAGGUCAAUGGCAGAGGAAGAUUUGUUUGUAAUAAUCUACUGUUAUGUCAUCUUCUGGCUCUAUGCACAACUACUGUAUGAUGUGUUGUUUGCUUCUUUCCUAUGAAAAUGUUAUUUCAAGUGUUUUUCUUAUUUUCUAUGAAACUUUUAACAGAUCAAGAAUUCAAAUUUUCUAUUUUUUUUAUGCUAAUAGCAGAAUUCACACGUCUCAAACCACUUAAUAUUAAAAGAUUGAAUGGUGAAAUCUGCCUGUUUACCAGACAGGAGGGCCUUUGUUUAUAUCAUAUAUCAUUUCUCGGGUGCCUGUCUCAUCUUUAAGGUACUUGGUGAGCUUGCUCCACCACCACUGUGCCAGUUCAUAAAACAGACGGAUAAGGGCAAGAGUAACCAGAGCAACCAUCAGAGGGGACUGCAUAGUACAGUAAAGACGAAGCCAGAUUGGACACAAAGCCUUCUCAAUCAGACCCAACAAUUAUUGGAAGAGUCAGCCCAAUGAAAUAAGGGAAUGCAACGACCAUACAACUUUUAAAAACAAACCCAAAAUGUUGGUAUAAAACCAUAGACCAAAGGCUUAAAUCCAUGAAUAUAAAUGUAUAUAUUUUCUUUCUGUAUUCAUACUGUAUCCUUAAUGUGUGUUGCAAUAAAUAUGUGGAGGGAGUAGUGUGAGGUGUCUGCGUCUGUUUGAGGGUGUGUUUAUAUUUUUAAUUUAAAUUACUAUUUGAUCUUUUAUCUGUUUUGGUAUUUUAGGGUGCUUUUUAAGACCUGGCUUGGGCCAACAGAUGGAAAUUAGCAUUUGCAGCUAACUCUGGCUAAUUUAUUUAUGAGGAUUGUCCCUAACUAAAUAAAUAAAAUAAUAUAAUUACAAGAAAAAGUACACUUGGAAGUAAAUAUUACCAUGGAUCAUGUACCAUCAAUGUCAUGUCAUAUAUAUCAUCAAAGAGCAUAUUCCUCCACCAGGUGUGAUUAGUUACAGGCCAUUUAAAACUCUUCCCUCUUGUGUCAUCACUAUACUGCAAUUAGGACCAAACUGUUUCAACCUCACAUUGAAAGUUGUUUAAUGUGGCAUUGUACUACUACUCUGUAAAUUGUUAAAUGAAAACUCUUUCUAAUCUCGAUACUGUACUCCUAUGAUGGCUGUAGUAGGACAAAUACUUGGAUAACUUUGUACUCUUAAAGGUUGAUUGAGUGUCAUGCCCUUAUAGGGAAGCAAAUAAUAGUAUCCCAUCAUACUUUUAAAUGUCAUACCAUGUUAUUUUUAUUAUCUUAAUGAAUAAAAAAAUCUAAAUAUUGUGAAAGAUAACAUUUCAUCAAUGCUACUUUUUUAUACAGUUCCAUGUC